AUGAGGAUCACGACACUUCUAUCAACUAUCUGCGCUGCUGCGCUUGCUGCGGCUGAGCCGCGCACCGCCCAGAUCUACGUCCAGCCUGUCCACUCCUCACCAUCAGCCCCCCUACCGCUGGCCGAAGUAGCUUACGAUGUCGCCGCCCUCGCCUCUACCGAAGUCAUCUCCUACGAGGCACCCGAGCUGCCCGAGGGCGCAUCGCUCGUCCGCAUCGGCCUCUACGACACCAAGUCUUCGCAGUGGAUUAGCGGCACCACGGCCGCGUCGGCCGACAACUUUGGCAAGGGCUACGCGCCGACGGUGAUGCUCUCCGUGGACAGCGCCGGCGACGUGCGCAGCGUCGCGUUCAAGGGCGUGCGAAUCGACGCCGGGCAGACGAGGGAUUUCGGCCCCAAGGCUGUUGUGUUUGCGGACAAGAAGGGGAGCCAGCCGGAGCUGAACAAGCCGGUUGUGCUGUCGCCCAACGGCAAGAAGGUGGGCGAGGAGGAGGAGAAGUCGUUUUUGCAAAAGUACUGGUGGCUUAUUGCUGUCGUGGUUGUCAUGUCCAUGGCCGGAGGAGGCGACAAAUAG